AAUUUCUCUCAAGCUCUCUUAGUUCUCUCAGCUCUGUAACCCACAAAUUUUUCUCAAGCUCUCUUAGCUCUCUCAACUCAUGCUGGUGCUCUCUCUCUCUCUCACGACUUCUUCACUCUUGGAUUGUCUUUCACUCUUCUAGCAUUCUCUCACAAAGUGAUGAAUCCUAUGAUAUCAGUGGGCUGAAAGUCUCGGGCGUUGAUGACUCUGUGACUGAAUCUUGAGAAAACAAACAGAAAAUCAGAGGAGACCGAUGGAAGCCGGCCAAGAGCCCUCCGAUGAAAUUGUGGAUCAAGAUGGGAAGUCAUCUCUGCUUUCGCUUGUCAAAGCAUUUGACUCUGUUUUUGACGUUAAUGAAGGUUUCUGCAACCUCAAACAGGUGGAUCUCAAGCUUAAGAUUUGCAGAGGUACAUCAAUUAAGAAAAUUUUAGUUCGGGAAGCACAAUCAUAUUCUGCUGCUACUGUUAUUGUCGGAAUUGCUCGUAACCACGUUAAAUUGCGGCCAUCGACCUCGUUGGCUAAGUACUGUGCUAAAAAAUUGUCCAAGGAUUGUUGGGUUCUUGCUGUUAAUAAUGGGAAAGUUGUGUUCAAGAGAGAAGGCUCUCCAACAAGUGCAAGCUACUCCAAAGGAACUGAAGAUCAUCAUCGAAAUGGGUUGCUUAUAAUGAUUCAAGGGACACUGAAGAAGAACACGAAAGUACUGAACGAAGGUAAUGCCAGUGUGAGUUUAAAGGAGAGAUUUGAGAAUGGUACUUACCAAGAAUUUGAGGUGAAUAUGCAUCUUGUGUACAACCUUUGGGUUAUGUCGUUUAUGCAAACUGGAACGAUCGAUGUAUUGAGCAGGGAGUGAUGGAAUGAUGACUGAUUGCGAUUUCAUGCUAAUAAACCCUUUGUUUGUCUCUUUACAUGGCUUUGUUGGUAGUUUUUAAGAAAAGGUCAAUUAGGCCUGCACCAUGAAAUUUAUUGUGUCCAAUCUUUGGGUCAUGUCGUUUAUGCAAACCGGAAAGAACAAUGUAUUGGGCAGGGAAUGAUGGAACGAUGACUGAUUGCAAUUUCAUGCUAAUAAACCCUUUGUUUGUCUCA